CCCGAGGGGGGCAGGAGCAGCGCAUUAGAUCCUGGGCUAGGGAACCUCAGAGAGCGAGGUGCAGCGGGAGGAGGAAGGUGCGGAGGCCCAGGCCAGACCCUGAGCUCCAGAGGCGGAGACGGAGAAAGCCUGGCCAGAUCCCCCGGGAGACCCCCCGGAGGGACAGGGCAGAGAGGGGCCUCCAGGGGCAGAAACCCUGGGAGGCAGAGCCCCCGGGAGACACUUCCCCGCCCCAGACGAGAGUGCUGCCCAGGGUGGGACGAGGAUUCAAGGUCAGAGGACAACGCCUCCCCCCAGGUCGCCUGGGAGACCCCGAAGCGACCCCGGGGGUGGCACAGGUCGUAUGCAGGCCUGGGCGACCUCUCCUAGGUUGGGGGCGAUGGGGACAGGAGCCCCGCAGACCCUCCUUCUUCUCCUUCUCCCAAUGCUGUCGCCACGCGGGGCCUCCGCGGGGAGCCUGCAUACCCCAGGCCUGUCCGAGUGCUUCCAGGUGAAUGGCGCCGACUACCGCGGCCGCCAGAACCGCACAGGCCCGCGCGGGACCGGCCGCCCGUGCCUCUUCUGGGACCAGACGCAGCAGCACAGCUACAGCAGCGCCAGGGACCCCCAGGGUCGCUGGGGGCUGGGAGCGCACAACUUCUGCCGGAACCCAGAUGGCGACGUGCAGCCGUGGUGCUACGUGGCCGAGACCGAGGAGGGCAUCUACUGGCGCUACUGCGACAUCCCCACCUGUCACAUGCCCGGCUACCUGGGCUGCUUCGUGGACUCGGGAGCCCCCCCGGCCCUCAGCGGCCCCAGUGGCACCUCUACGAAGCUCACGGUCCAGGUGUGCCUCCGCUUCUGCCGCAUGAAGGGCUACCAGGUACUCUGGCGGGGCGUGGAAGCUGGCUACGCCUGCUUCUGUGGCUCCGAGAGCGACUUGGCUCGGGGCCGCCCAGCGCCGGCCACCGACUGUGACCAGAUCUGCUUCGGCCAUCCCGGCCAGCUGUGCGGCGGCGACGGGCGCCUGGGAGUCUACGAAGGUGAGAACGGGGCGAAACGUGGGCAAUGGGCCGCGGCGCAGGCCGUCAUCUUACUCCCCCGGACUUUCCCGGAUGAAAUGGGGACGGACCAGAACUGCAGCUGGGCGCUUGGCCCGCCGGGCGCCGCUCUGGAGCUCACCUUCCGCCUAUUCGAGCUGGCGAACCAGCGCGCCCGCCUGGAGCUGCGCGACGCGGCCUCGGGGCAGUUGCUACGUACCUUCGACGGCGCCCGCCCGCCGCCCACUGGGACGCUGCACCUGCGCGCCGCUGCACUGCUGCUCACCUUCCGCAGCGACGCGCGUGGCCACGCGCAGGGCUUCGCGCUCACCUACCGAGGCGUGCAGGAUGCUUCGGAGAACCCGGUGCUCCCCAAGGGCUCGGCCCAGACCCCUGCAGUGCUCCCCGACGGGACUAAUGUGAGCUGCAGCCCCCGGCUUGGGGCUCCGGAGGCCACAAUGGGGGCCCGGGUCUUCUCGACAGUGAUGGCCAUCUCAGUGUUGCUGCUGCUGCUGCUGCUGCUGUUGCUACUGCUGUCGCUGCUACGCCUGCUGCGCCGACGGAGCUGUCUACUGGCUCCAGGAAAAGGGCCCCCACCCUUGAGGCCUUCCCAGGGCUCUGGGAGAAGUUGGGCUGUGUGGUACCGCCGACCUGGAGGGGUGGCACUGCCCUGCCCCCCUGGGGACUCCCAGGCUGAGGGUCUAGCCUCGACUUACCGACCCCUGAGCGCCUCCAGCCAGAGUUCCCUGCGUUCGCUCAUCUCUGCUCUCUGACUCAGGAACCCCGGGGUCCAUUGGAUCCUCCAACAGUGUGAUGGACACCAGAGACUCCAUGCCGCACUCUGCCUUGGCCUUCCAGUUUUUUAAGGGCAGCUCUGCCUCUGUUCAUCUCUCAGAGGCCAGUCGUCAGACAGGAAGCAUCUGGUGCUAUUAUUGGGACCUUGGCCUAACUCUAGGUGUCCAGAUGGUCCAGGCCAAAUGGCAAGAGGAAUCGGCUCCCCUCCUCAUGGGCCUUGAUAAGGAGCUCUCUGAUUUCAGGGUCUUUGAGCCCCUCUGGGGGUAGUCCUGGACUGCUGCCCUAAGUGAAAUGUGAGAGGUCAACAAAAGUGGUCAAAAGACCAGACACAGACUUUGAAUAAAGGACCUAUUUUGGUA